AUGGCUGGAAGAAACGAUGUUGCAAUUGCUCCUGCCUUAGAGGCUGUGCAGAAUCAGCCUAACACUAGUGUGAAUGACGAAUCUCAUAGCUUGAGCAUGUUUCAAAGGGAGAACCUGCCUACUUUCAAGGUGCAUAAGGUACAAUAUGGUACUCAUAUGCUGGCUGGAGAGGCUGAUGACUGGUGGCUUGACACUUGUCAGAGAUUGGAGGUUGUAGGUGAGGUGAUUACUCGUGCUGUAUUCAGUAGAGGAUUCUUGAGAAAGUAUCUUCCAGAGGAUGUUCGGGGCAAGAAAGAGAUGGAAUUCCAUGAACUAAAACAAGGGAUUUCAACUGUUGUGAAGUAUGCUGCUAAGUUCGUGGAACUUAUGAAGUUCUAUCUACACUAUAGUGUAGAGACUGCUGGGUUUUCUAAGUGUAUCAAGUUUGAGAAUGGGCUGCGUCUUGGAAUCAAGCAAGCCAUAGGGUAUCAGCAGAUACGGCGAUUUCUUGAGUUGGUGAAUAGCUGUAGGAUCUAUGAAGAGGACAACAUGGCUCAUUCAGUAUAUUAUAAGAGUCACAAUGAAAAGAAGGGAAGGAACAAAGACCGUGCUAAGCCUUAUAGUGCUCCUGCUAACAAAGGGAAGCAAAAAGCUUUUGAUGGGAAGAAGCCAAGUGGGGGAGGAGCUCCCGCUUCUGUCCGAUGUUAUAAAUAUGGUCAUCCGAAUCAUCGUGCUUCUGAAUGUAAAAACGAUGGCCCGACUUGUUUUAAUUAUGGAGAACAUGGUCAUAUCAGUACCUAG